AUGAAAAGCUUCCUGCUUAAUUAUCUUUAUUUUUCGGACAGCUUACUUGAACUGCUCUCAUUCAUUGGCGCUUUUCGUUCACGUAGUGCUUCAUAUUUGCAGGUUAAAGGCCAUGACUGCACCAUUGGAUUUGCGAAAUUUUUGCGCCGAGCGAUGAAGAAUGAGUGUACCCUGGUGCACUACUUACGCUCACAGGGAGCAAUACCGUUUGUGAUCACAACUGUCCCGCAGGGUCUGCUGAGUUUUGCGUGUUGCAGUAGUUUGUACGGCACAACAUGUAACCCUCAUGCACACUCCAGGACACCGGGAGGCUCAUCGGGUGGGCGCUUAAUGGUCCGUUACGCACAAAAUGGGAUCCCGGGCAAAAAUCGUUUGGCCCUGAGCUAUGGAUUCUUUACCAGGACCGUUGAUGAGCAAAUGUUUCUUCUUAAUAACGUUAUUGGAUCGAAGGAGUACCAUCAGUUGGUUCCACAAGCUUUACCGUAUCCACUGGACAAAAGAAAAUACACUCACGCAAGCAGUCGCUCUCUUCGCAUCGGUUAUUUUAUUGAUGAUGGCUUCAUGAAGCCUGUUCCCGCGUAA